AUGGCCGCCACGAAUGCGAUUUGCUGGGAAGAGGACGAAGUCGCCGGCCCCCUCCUGCGCAAGUUACUGGCUACCGACGACCACUCGUCGCUCGAGACACGUGCGUUCCUUCGGCCGAUAUUCCGCUGGACGAAGAUCGGCCUGCACAAAGACGGGACUCGCGAGGACGGAGCUAUCGAGCGAGCAUUUGCUUUCGUCGAAUGGCUCGUGCAGUUGGCCACAGAAGGCGACAAGACGCGGAGCAUUCCCAAGUUGCCAUCGCUGCAGCCGAGUUAUGCGCUCAAUACGAUUGUCACGGCCAGUCAGCGUGCGGGCAGCGUAAAAGACGCUCAGCGAGCGUUCGACGUGCUGAAGAGACACGGCUACUCGCCGGACGUGUUCACGUACACGGCUUUGAUUGACGUUGUUGCAAGGAACGGGGACUUGCCAGCUGCUACGAAGAUAUACGAGGAGAUGCAGCUGUCAACUUCCAAGCCAAACAUUGUCACAUACACCACGUUGAUUCGGGCGGUGGGGUUUAGUGAUACUGUUGACACGGAGCAGUGUUUGGUGUUUCUAGCUCACGCACGGGAAAAUGGCGCUUUUGACGAGGCUCUUUUUCUAGAAGCUCUGGAAACUUGUGCUAAGAGAAAGGAUCGAGCUGUGGCGAUUCGGGUGCUUAACGAGAUUGCGACGCAUGCGCUGGCACUCCGUGUAGACGACCGCUUUUUCGUCACACUGGGCCAGUUUGCGGAGCAAGUGGAUCGUGACGGUGUGAAAUCUGUGCUCACUGAGUGGGUUGAAAGGGGCUUGAUAAGCUUAGAAGAGCGGGACAUGGCUGUAAAGCAGCGGCGGGAGGAGUCAUCUACCGUUUCGGAUGGAUCGAAAAUGCUGGGCUGUCUUGGACAUCAGACGUCUCAGUCGGUCCGAAAAGCCGUAGUUCAGCAUGAUAUCAAUCGGCUGAUCUCGCGCAUCCAAAGCAGAUCCAUCGUGAAUGUGAACGACUUCGAGACGCUCAUCCAUCAAUGCAGGAAGCGGAAGUGGAAAGAAGACGUACCGGUCAUUGUUGACGCAAUGCGCCACCUCGCAACAAGAGGCUGGAAGCCUUCUCGCGAUGAUAAGGACACUGUCAUUCGUUCACCGAUAUCUCCUCAGCUUCAGCUUGAGCCUACGUCAAAGACCUAUGUUGCUGUCGUUGAUGCGUACAUGUGUUGCGGUGACGAGCCCCUUGGAUGGCGCACAAUCCAGGAAAUUGGGAAUUUGCCGAAUGUGAAGCGAGAGCUGCCGUUGUACCGCAAAUUUGUCCGUGGAGCGUAUUUACUCACGAAGUGCGACCAUAUUGCCGAGUUGAUUGCUUUGGCGCAUGUAGAUAACAUCGUGUUCACCCAACGAAUGGGUGUCGAAAUAGCGCGCAUGUUUGGUCACCGCCACGUUGAAGGUUUUCACAUUUUGGUGCAUGAGCUACCUCUUGGUGAACCAGGGGCAAAGGCCAAAAGGCAAGGCUUUCUCGAGGAGUUGGUGAAGUCUUGUGCAUACAAGAAAAACCUCGUUGGGGCAGAGGAAACGCUACAAGCCAUGCUGAAGCAUGAGUAUCAGCGCUCCGCAGCCACCGAAGUUGCGCUCUUCAUGUGCUGUAUCCAACAUGACACACUUGCAGAGGCUCAAGCAAUGUUGCAGCAUUUUCAAGUAACUUCAUUGAUGAUGCCGGUGCCGGUAUACGACUCACUGCUUCGCGAAUUUUACUUCAAGUACACUCGUCGCGGGAACGUGUUUGAUGAAUCAUCACGCAAAGUUGCGAUGAAAACACUGUAUGCACGUCGCGCGGUAUUUGAGCACGUUUUCAGAGAUCGCGAAUGUCUUGAAUCUGAGGAAGUCACCGCACAGAUCAAAGAGUCCGACAAAGAUUCGGCGUGCUUCCGAUAUUGGUGUUCAAGAGCGAGCUUAUCAUGUUCACCAUUGAUGCUUUCUCAGCACGCAGUGCAGGUCCUCACGACCAGGCGAGACAAAGACUCCAAGAAUGCAGCCGAGCAAUCUAUACGGGACGCGCUCAUGACCACCCCUGACCCUUGCCUCUUUCUACUGCGGUCGGUCGUUGCUCUGCGCUAUUUAGACUUGACUUUUCGGACGCUGGGUAAGCUGGCAAAGCAGUUGCUGGUGGUGGUAACGGACGAGCUAUCGAUGGAGCAAAGGCAUGCGGAAUAUUGCGUCAGCCAAUUGCCGGUGCUAUCAGUGCACAUUGUGAAGGAAUUGGAUGACGUCGUGUUUUUGCACCGCACGCAUCGACCAAACUUGUUAGCAUUUUGCCAGCAUGCUAUCGAAACUGAUAGCAUUGACAAGAUCAUGGGGUUCUUGAUGCGUCGGCCAGAACUGUACGAUAUGGAGACCGCAUCGUACCUCGGACCAAAAUUUGCUGAAAUAUAUGUCUAUGGGGGCGUAAGCAAUGUGCUGACGUUUUUCAAGUCGGACGUCGAGAACUCGCUGGCAAUGCGUCGGCAGUUUGUGCGAGAAGUUAUUGACUUGGAACGCUCCAUUGCAGAGGAGGAGGAGGAUGACGGUGAGUCGCCUAGCUUCCGGUAUACGUACAAGGCUAUCAGGGAGUUCAAGCUGGAACGUGAGGCUGAGUUUACGCCAUACGUGAUGCAGGCGUGCUCAACAAUGCCAAAGACCGUGUAUGCAGACGCGUCAGCCAUUCCUGCCGACGACGUCACGUAUCUGAAGAUCCCACUUGCGCAAGAGCAUAUCGUGGUGGUCAACAGCGAUGAGGCCUUGUCGCUAGCCACCGACAUGCUGACGCGGGAUAGCAUCACUCGUUUGGGACUCGACGCUGAAUGGCGUUUUGACACUCGGGCUGCGGUGCCGUCGAAAUGCUCGAUCUUGCAGGUUGCUUGCGACGACUAUGUGUUCAUUUUCGAUCUCAUUGAGAUGGCUCUGGGUGACUUGGAAGAGCUUUUCGAGCAGUUGUUUUCCUCGACAAGGAUCGCCAAAAUCGGGUUUGCCAUUGACGGCGAUAUCAAGCGCAUGCGUUCGUCAUUUCCCGAGGUGAAAUGCUUCGACACGUUUGCUAAUGUGCUGGACUUUUCCUUUGAAACGCUCGAGGCGACCACGUAUCUGGCUGACGACUCGGUAAAUGGCAGCGGUGACUCUGCCUUGGGAAAGCUACAGUACUGCCACCGCAGACAAAAAGGGCUUAGUACCUACAUCAAGCAGGCACUUGGAUACCCGCUGUCGAAGCUGCAGCAAAAGAGCGACUGGGAACGUCGUCCGUUGACGCCGCAGCAAGUGGCAUAUGCUGCGCUGGAUGCAUAUUGUCUACUGAUGUUGCAAGACGCUGUUGCGAACAAGUAA